UGUGAGAACACCACAGAGGAGAGCACGCACACACGAGCGAGAGAGUCCUGCAGCGUCACGUGAUCGUCAAGAAAGGAAGACUGAAGGGGAGGAAAAAAUUUGGUCUGCUGGCGACCAAUAACACGCUCAAAAGAUCAGAAAUGGGAUGGAGAUGUUCAGCAAGUGCUGGUGUUUUGAUUGACAGUUGGAAGCAGGCCACUCGUGAAGGGUUCACAGAAAAGCAUUGAAAGAAAGAGUCAGGUGUCCUCGCCAUCAUGAAGUUGAAUGAGAGGAGCGUGGCGCAUUAUGCCACAUGCAACUCUCCUCCAGACAAGACGGGCUUCCUCUUUAAGAAAGGGGAACGGAACACGGCGUACCACCGCCGCUGGUUUAUUCUGAAGGGCAACAUGCUGUUUUAUUUCGAGGAGAGGGAAAGUCGAGAGCCGAUUGGCGUCAUCGUCCUGGAAGGCUGUACGGUGGAGCUCUGCGAGUCUGAAUCCGAGGAGUUCGCCUUCGCCGUUAAAUUCGACUGUGCCAAAGCGAAGGUCUACAAGAUGGCCGCGGAGAACCAGGCCGCUAUGGAAUCGUGGGUCAAAGCUCUGUCACGGGCGAGUUUCGACUACAUGCGGCUGGUCGUGAAGGAGCUGGAGAGGCAGCUGGAGGAGGUGCAGGAAGAAGCCAGAUCGUCACAAGCGAAAAGCAAGCCGAAGAAGCACCAGCUGCAACCGCAAGGAGCAGCAAGUUUCCAACCUGCAACCAUUUCACUACAGAACGCCACCAUCACGGGGCCUUUGCAGGAAGGGGUGUCUAGCAGAGAAAACGGGGUGUCUUGGAGUAAACCCCUCAGUGUGUCAAACGGUGUCAGCGACACACAGGAGGACUGUAGUGAGAGAGGGGAUGGAGUCAGACCUCCUCCGGUACCUCCGCGAAGGAAGACCAACGGUGGAUCACUCGAGAGCCCCGUCUCACCCGGCACAGGCUGCUUCUCCAAGCUACACGACUGGUACGGCAAAGAGGUGGCUGAGCUGAGAAUAGAAUGGCUGCAGAGCCAGUGAAUGAAUGUGGAGACUCCAAAUAUACAUCCGCACACAUAACAUGCUUAGUGCAAUCUCAUUUGAAGACAUAAAGGGUCAAAAACAGAGAGAGCAUUAGAAUGACAAUUGCUUGUCCACUGUUACUGAUUUAUUUUUUUCCUUAAACAGGACCAAGACAUUUUUUAAAGAAACAUUCUGUCGUCAUUUACUCGCCCUCGUGUCAUUGCAAACCUCUUUAAUAAUUCAAGUUAAAAUUUAAUCAAAGGAAGUUUUUAAAUACAGUAAGGAAAUAUAAGGGGGAAAGACUUUUUAAUUAUAUGCUACAAUAUGACAAAAUAAACAGCCGUUUUUUCCUACAUAUGUUUACUAAAGCAUUUUAAAGGAAUAGUUCACCCAGAAAUGAAAAGUUCCUGAAAAUCUGCUCAUCCUCAGGCCAUCUAAGGUGUACAUGGGUUUGGUUGCUUAUCUGAAAAGUUUUGGAGAAAUGUAGCAUUGCUCACCAAUGGAUCCUCUGCAGUGAAUGGGUGCCGUCAGAAUGAGAGUCCAAACAGCUGAUAAAAACAUCACAAUAAUCUACAAGUAAUCCACACCACUCUAGUACAUCAGUUAACAUCUUAUGUGUGCUUGUGUGAAACAAAAUAUGAGGAUGUCAUAUUGUUGUCCUCAUCAAAAUCCACCAACAUAUUUGUUUUGGACUGCUUUUGCUUGAUCUGUGCAUAUUUCUCUCCUGAUUCAGACAAGACGACUUUUACUUGUGGAUUAUUGUGAUGUUUUUAUCAGCUGUUUGGACUCUCAUUCUGACGGCACCCAUUCACUGCAGAGGAUCCACUGGUGAGCAAGUGAUGUAAAUCUGUUUCCAUGAACAAACAUCUACAUCUUGGAUAGCCUGAGGGUAAGUAGUUUUUAGGCACAUUUUCAGUGUUUAGACAAACUGCUCCCUUAAUACGAUGAAAAACGUUGCACUUCCUUGAAUCUUGUUGGUUGACCUAAAUGAAUCAUUGAAUCAGUUUUGAAUCGAUUUAUUAGAACACACAGUGUGACCUAAUGCACAGAAAUGAAUGUUAAAAUCUUUAUGCGAUAUUUGCUACUAAAUUUAAUACAGAGAUACUAUUAAAAUCAUUUUAACAUUUCCAUACUUAUAGGUUGUGUGGCAAGGAAAGAUUGCAUUAAAUCUUCAAUAAUCUCAAUGUUAAUAAUGUUGCAUUGUUGAAUUAAAUAAGAGAUAUUUUGCUAAGUGUACAGUGCUCUUUUCCAUUUCAAUGCAAAAAUAAAUGGACCAUGGUCUGUCCAGGUUUAAAAACUGACAAAAAAGCACCAUUAAUGUGUCUUGAUGAUGUGUCUUGAUACACCUUGAUGAAAGAUUUUAGAGAUUUUAAUUAAAUUUGUCACACAGAGAUUUAUUACUUCAGAAUACUUGUUUGUUGCAUGGACUACAUUUAUGGUGCUUUUAAGUCAUUGUUUAGAGCUUAACUUUCCCAGUCCCCAUUGUAAAAAAAAAAUAAAAUAAAAAAGAGAGAGAGAGAGCAUUCUGGAUGUUCAGCCAAACUACUACUUUUGUGUUCAUGGAAGCAAGAAAGUGAUACAGGGUUGGAACAACAUGAGAAUUAGUAAAUGAUGAUGCUGUUUCUUUUUUUCUUUUUUUUGCACUUAAAUUCAUGUUGGGAUUUUCCAAGAACCUCAUGUAGAAGCGACUUGCCAUUUCCUUCUCAUGUGUAUUUUUUUUUUUUUUUUUUUAAUUUAGGUCUUUCAUAACAACGUAGACUUUUUUUUUUUUCACAAUGUUUGUCUUGCGGUACAAGGUCCAUGUUGAACUUCUUGAAACUUAAGCAUUACAGUGCCAAAGCUGGUCUAUGGCAAUUUGUAAUCAUUUUACAGUAUAAUGUUGAAAGAAAAAUAUUGCAUAACAGCACAAAAAGUUAGAUGUAUGCCAAGAUUAAUAGAGUUAACCUGAUUUCACUGCAAUUGUCUUGACAGUGAAUUUUAUGCUGUAUUUUGGGUGAUCUACAAUCUAUCCUGCCAAAAACAUAAUUGCCAAAAUGAUUUCUAAUAUUAAAGUAUGUAACAGUAUCUUAGACAAUGGACCUAACUAGCCAGCUAACAUGUAAUCUUCUGUUGAUGGAUCUUUUUUCUAAGCAGCUUUAAUACACAAUGCUAUUCAUUUUUAGGCUAAGAUUUGCUUUGCUUAAACAUAUGUUUGCGUUCUUGCCAAUAAUCAUGCCAAUGCUUUGCCUUGCCUUUUAAAACUGACCAAUUCUAGUCAUCUGUGACCAACAUUUAAUACAUUAUAGAAUAUAUACAUACAGCUUAUUUAUGCCUAUUUGUAAAUGCAUUUUAAUGGUACAAACGGUGUGCAAUCAUAUAAUCAUACUUGGGGAGAUUUAACCGACAGUGACAGACACUGUAUGGGAUCCUUGGGAGGCCAACCACAGUGCCUUUAGAUUUCAUCUAAAACACUGUGUUAGAUUUCAGAAUAAAAACAGGAAAACACCAGCAGCUAAGAGAUGAAUGUGGAUUGACUGCUUGUGUAUUAACCAGGUACUAAUAUAUUAAAAUUACAACAACUGCAAUAAAGUUACCUUUUUGCUGAAUAAAGUUGUAUUGCAAUAACCAGAUCAUUACAUUGGGUCUAACAUUUAAUUUGAAGAAAACAAAAAUGUAAGUUUAAUGUUUUCAAAUGAAUCAAAUAAAGAUGAGCAUCCUCAUAAA